UAUGUGUAGUUGAUGUUCCUCAAAUAUUUGCACAUAAUUUAAUUCCAACACUUCUUUUACUGGGAUAAUCACAAUAGAUAUCCGGUGGAUCAAAAUCACAAAAGAGCACUUGACAUCAGUACCAGAAUCACUCAUACAAGCUCUUCUGGACUAUUAUUAUUUAUAAUCCUGUUUAAUUUUAAAUUUUUUCAAAUUUGAAUUCCACAUUUUUUCCUCUUUCUAAAUCAACUUAAUAAAAUAUUAACAGUACAGUGCGUACGGAGGAUAAUACCAUAUUAUUAAUCACUUUGGUUUUCAUAAUAUAGGUACAUACACUACAAAUUCUUGGACUAAAUACUUUACAAAUCCAAACGAACAACUUUUAUUCUUCCUAUCAAUAAUUCAACAGUUUGAUUAGAUCUAACUAGUGAUAACAACAUGUACUUAAGCGUUACCAUUAUAUUGGCUAUAGUCAGUUAAGCUUUAACUACCGACUGCUCAAGAUGAAAAGCCAAUUAUUAGUCGUGGCCAUAUUGGCCAUUCUUCUGGCCAUUGUUAGUGCCACAAAAGUGCGUUAUGAUAAUUAUAAAGUUUUCAAAAUCAGGACAAAGAGUUUAGAGCAACAAAAAUGGAUCGAGAACUUAGCGAAAGAGUCAAAAAAUUUUAAUUUAUGGCAUAGUGGCAAAGGAGAGGUACACAUUAUGGUCAGUCCACAAAAAUUUAUACAAGUACAAAAUUAUACGCAAACGUUUAAUUUGCCUUUGGAAGUAAUGGUUUCAAAUGUACAAAGUUUAAUCGACAGCGAACAGAUAAGUAAAGCGACGGACGAUGUCAACGCUUUCGGUUGGACGCGUUAUUACCCCUUAUCAGCGAUUGAAGCUUUCUUAGACGACAUACUCGCCAAAUACCCUGAUGUCACUAGUCACAUUGAUAUUGGCACCAGUUAUGAAGGACGUAAAAUACGUGGCAUCAAAAUCUCCUAUAAAGAGGGUAAUCCCGGUAUAUUCAUUGAAUCGAAUAUACACGCACGUGAAUGGAUUACUUCGGCGACUGCCACUUGGUUAAUUAAUGAGCUGUUAACUUCAACCGAUGCUAACGUGCGAAAAUUGGCUGAGGAUCAUGAUUGGUAUAUUGUGCCAGUGUUGAAUGUGGAUGGUUUUGCCUACACGCAUACAACGGAUCGCAUGUGGCGUAAGACGCGUCAACCGGUGGAGGGUUCUCGCUGCAUUGGUGCCGAUCCGAACCGCAACUACAAUUCACAUUGGUUGGAAAGUAAUGGUGCUUCCUCGAAUCCUUGUGACGAAACAUAUGGUGGUGCAUACCCAUUUUCUGAGUCGGAAGUUAAAGCGCUCGCCGAUUAUGUAGCGAGUAUUAAAAAUCGCAUUAAUAUUUUCCUCGCAUUCCAUUCAUACAGUCAGGUCUUACUGACACCUUAUGGUUGGACAAAAGAGCCCCCAUCAAAUUUUGAUCAUUUAAUGGCAGUUGCGAAGGCAUAUUCCGAUGCGGUGCUCCAGUUGCCUUACAAAACAAAGUAUACUUACGGUGCAACCGCUGAUGUAAUGUAUUUUGCCUCCGGUGCUGCCAAUGAUUGGGCGUAUAGUGAACAGGACAUUGAGCUUUCUUACACAAUCGAAUUUCGUGAUACGGGACGUUACGGUUUCAUUCUACCACCAAUACAGAUAUUACCACAUUGCGAGGACACACUGGCCGGUUUAUUAGCUCUGGUGGGAAAGGCCGAUGAACUGGGCUACCUCAAGCUUAAAUAUGCAUAAGAUAUGAGCAUUUCAUAAAUGAAAUAUAAUUUCUGUUGGUUUACAAAAUAAAGCUUUAAUACUUGCAAUAAAAAUAAAUUGGGUUAUGCAUACGGAAUAAUGGUAGAAAUUGUGUUUUUUCGACCUACUGACAAAUGACUGAUUUCUUAGAAAACAACUGGCUCAGAAUUGUAUUAACAUUCCUCCUGUUUCACAGUAUAAUUACAUGAAAAUUAUUUUGGGUAUCUUUCACACUAUA